AUGCGAAAGAAAGGUGGUAGGAGCAAAAACAUAAACGCACAAAGAACGAUGAUAUAUGCAGAACCAGGUAUAAGUGAGUAUGGUCAAGUCACUCGUGCACUCGGCAAUGGCAGAUUCGAGGUGGUAGGCACGGAUUCGUCUACCCGGGUAUGUAAAGUACGUGGCAGCAUGUAUAAGAGAGUGUGGAUACAAAUCAACGACAUUGUUUUAGUUUCCAAUAGAGAAGAGGACAACAAGGGAGAUAUCAUGCACAAAUAUUUUCUCUAUGAAAUAAAACAGCUCAAAGAUAGCAAGUUAAUACCGGAAAACUUUUCGGGCGAUAAAGAAAAUGCGGCAGCUAUUGAGUUUGCUCAUAUUUGAUAAAUUAAAUGAACGUAUUUGCGUUUUUUGAUAAACUACUUUUUCAUUUGCGUG